ACACAGAACACACUACUUACCCCCCUUCUUCCGACGGCCCGAAGACGGAGGCGCCGGCAGCGUCGCGCGCAAGUGGCCCAGCACCGCGCCCAAUGGGUCCGCGCGAAACCGUUCAUCCUUCAGCACGGCCCCGAACCGCUCCGUCUCCUGCGCCGCAAUCACGCGCCGGCCGCGGUUGUUCGCCGCGUUCGGCCGGUUCUUGUCCCGGCGCGCCGGCGCGGCCGCGACCUCGGCGAGCGCGUCGUCCAGGUCCAGGCCCAGGGUGCCACCGAGGAGUGGCCCGCGCGCCGCCGCCGCGUCCGCCUGUUUCCGCGUCUCGAGCUGCGAGAGCAGCGCGCCCUUGCGCUCGCGCGCGGCCGCCUUGCGCACCUGCGACUUCUUCUCCUGGCGCUUCGACAGCGUCGAGGUCGCUUUGGACGCGACCUUGGUGGCAUCUUUGCCGCCCUUGCGCCGCGCGGAGCCCUUGGUCUUCCCCAUCGCUCUGCAGUGUGCAGCGUGCAGCGUGCGCAGCAGUGCAAGCAAAGGCAAGCGAGCGGUCGCAGCACUGCAGAGGAAUCGAGGUCUGCACGCGCAACGCCACGGGCACCGCUAGCUCCUUAUAGAGUUAGCCAGGAGAGGCUGGAGAGCUGCGUCUGCACGCUAGCUAGCAGCUCUAGCGCGCGUUUCGUGGCAAGACUCGUCUCGCGCCGCGGCUUCCGACCUGGAAGAGUCCUCCCUGGCCGACAGAGA